AUGCUGCCAAAAAUCAAAUCUCUAUUUCGUCGAGGAUUUCAAGCCUUGAUUAAAUCUGCCGAGACCGUGCCUUUAGGCAACAAAGAGAACCUGCCCUCGGGAAACAAAGAAUCCUCGCCCUCGGGCAACAAAGAACACACAACCCAGUCCACUCCAAAGCUCAAGAACCUGGCCUACCCUGUUGAUGGGACACCCAUCAACAGGGUGCAUUUUCAAGUCCAUAAUAUCAACUUCCACGUCAACCUUUCCGAAAGUUCGGAAUCGAGAUCACCUCAGUCUUGGUUUAACGCAACUGGGGAUAACGACCUCGAGAUUCAAGGCUUUCCAUGUGAGGAAAAGACCAAGUGGACUUUUUGCGCAUCUUACUACAUUCCUCACUACGAACCAAACACUAUCAUCAAGCUACCUCCUACCUCUCCUGCCACGGUCCUGCCACAACCGGCGGUUGCAGCUACAAUCCUCGACCAUCCCACCGAGCUGACAAGCUCCUCAACACUGUACACUAUAUCUGACACAAUUUCCCAGAUUGAACAGGGUGCGAUGGCGACCUUGGUCCCAAAACGAGCCUUCCCCGCCGAUGACACAGAGCCUGAGCACCUGGCUAAGCGGGUUAAGGUCGAGCCGGAAGGCCCUACGACAAAAUGCGAGCCCGAGGAUACCGUCAGUGAGGACGAGAAAUGGGAUUCAGAUCCUCCCACCUCGCCCGAGUACAAAAUUCCUAAUUCAAGCGAUGACAGCGAUAUCAGCGACUCUCCUACCUCCCCAUGCGCGCAGCGAGCGAAGAGGGCUUCCUUGCCUCUCUCGGCCAAGAAAAGCCGUUCGGUUAAGCCCAAAGCCAAGAAGGCCAGGAAGAGGAGGAAAUCAGACUCGGAUAGGUCAAUGUCUGAACCAAGUGACCUCGACAACGAGAGCGACGAAGAGUACUUCAUUCCGACAGGAGAGCGCGAGGAGCUUUUAAACAAUAGGCUGACACGAGAACGGGCAAAGCGCCUACUUGACGCGGUGGAACUACCUCAAGGCCAUGACCUAUCACCAGACGAGCAGCGGACUGCCCAUCAACUCCUAACUCGUGGCUGCAUGCCAACCAUCCAUAGACACUGGGAGAAAGAUUUCUCUACCCUUCCUGAGUCGUUGUUCUUUUCUGGGGUAGAGGACGAAGCUAAACGUAACGAAUUUAAUUUCGUCCUUGGAAACGAUAAGUGCUCGGAAUUUUACGCGAUUCGUGCCUUUCAAGAACUUUUAAAGAUAUGUGGCAACGUGAGGGACUACUGCAAUAUCCUUGAUAUAGAUCCUGGAAUCUAUAUCAAGAAGUCAACAGAGAAAUACCUGCGCUGGGCAUUGAGCGAUGCUGGCGUCAGAAUCAAGCCGGACACAACCCCCGUGCAUGUCAUAUAUUGCAAACGUGAGGACGAAAUGUCAAAAGAAGCAUUUGACAAAGUUGCCACAACAUUAACGAAGCUGUCAGAUAGCUGGCAGAGCCAACUCACUGCACCCGAUGGUGAAGAAGCUUGGCCUGCACUGAUCGGGCUCGUUCUCUGUGGACCUGUUCUUUCUGUCAUCUCCCUGGACACCAAUCCCAAUCCGCAAACGUUAACACAAGGACUCAAGUUCCUUGGUCAUUUCGAUCUUGCGGAUUUUGAUAAUGAUGUCUGGAACACCCUAGCUGUUGCGAUCAUCGUUAUGCACAUUAGAAGGACCGUGAGCAAGCUCGCAAAGGCUUACGGUGACAAGUUUGUGGCCUCGACUUCUGAUGACUCUGCUGUGGAUUCCCUGGAUCUUGAUCGUUAA